AUGAGUUUCCCUUCUUCCGCUCAAUCUUUGAUUGCUUCUGGCACCGACAAGCCAUCAGCUUCCAGGACGGCGAGAUCCCAGCCGUCUGCCUGGGGUCCCAGUGCGUCCCAAUCCAACGUCCGCCGUGGUCCCGCUCCCCUUUGCACCAACCUCUCCAACUCAAACAUUAGUGGAUCACCUCCUCAGAGGCCUCUUCAAUCUCAGAGUCCAGCUCCCAGUGCAUCUGUAACAUCUCCCCUGACGUCCACAUUUUCCGCCAUCCUGUCAUCCUCUACCCGCCUGUCCAAUACUCGAAGGAAUCCUUCCCCUGCACCCACGCCUGUAUCUUUCUCCUCGCUUCAACAAAGUGGCGGACAACAGCAACAACAGUCAGGCCAAACAAUCUCUUCUCCAAAAACUAGAUCCCUCACACCUUCCUCAACCUCGCAUCUGGCUACCUCGACGGCUUCAAGCGGAGGCAGUGGGGGUGGUGGUGGUGGUGGAGGUGGAGGUGGUGGAGUUGGUGGCGCGGGUAUAUCCAGGAGUGCUGCGUUCUCUCCACUGUUGACGGGGACAACAAUCAACUCACCGACAGGAUUCCCAUCUGACAAGUCCGGAUCUGCUGCGACAUCAGGGAUUAACACUGGCCAGUCGUCACUGUCAAAAAUUUCCGUUGCUCAGGUGUUCCUCCUAUUGGAUUCCAUCAACGAGAAGGAAGGUAAGGAAAAGUGGGAAACAAAAGCUGCUCAAAUUCACAAGCUGGUUGAUUCAAACGGCAUGGAAGUUUUUGCGAAAUAUUUUCGUCGCCUACUUUCUGGCAACGCCCCCCAGAUCUUCCCAGGGAUCAAUAAGGUGGUGGAAAAUGCAGGAAACUAUCCUUUGCUAGUACAGGAGGUUCACAAAGUGUCACAGGACCUGGAACAAGCUGGAAAGAUUGCUGAGACUAUUGAUGCAUCUGAUGGUGAUAUAUUUCGUGAUUUUGACCUCUCAACUUUCCUUGACCACUUCAAAUUAGAUCCCAUAGCCAAAGUCUCAUUGACACUUGCUUUUAAAAAUGUCAGCAAGGCAGAUUUGCGCACAAAAGCUGAUGCCAUCCUUACAAACUCAACCCCUCAAUUUCUGCAUAGUCUCUCAGCAAUCUCUGAAUCAAACAAAGAUUUCAGCACGUCUUUUAUCAGUCUCACCCUAGAACGCUUUAUCCUAUACCCGCCUCGUAAUUUCGACGACGAUAUUAAACAAAAGCUUGUAUACGCGUGCCGGACGCGAUACCAAUCCACAGACAUGGACGUGCCUCCAGAAAUUGAAUCCGUCUUGCAGAUGUUCGGAUUAUCUGAUCCCCAGCUGUCUCUAGUUCGUCAAAUACUGAUUCGAGGACCCAAAUCGAUGAACAGUCAAGACAGUAUCGUGGAGACUAUAAAUUCAAUUGGCCCCAGUGGCUGGAGCGAAGAGCAGAUCGCCUCCGCUUUUUUAUACAUAAUAAUUUCCCCUAGCUGGCGCCAAUUCUCCCCCGAAUUACUUCUCACCACUGUCCAAAACCACCAACGAGCCGAACCUUUUAAUUGGUCAGCUUUUAUGCAGGCCUUUGACCGGGGUGGCCUGGUCAUCGAUCCGAAUCAAUUUGUUCGACUAUUUAAUGCGCUUGUAGCUGUUUCCAACGACAAUCCAGCUGUUGAUGUUCAGCGGCUUUGGAGUGGAGAAUGGGAAAACCGAGAUACCCAGCUGUCCUUUUUAUCAGCAGCCCUCUCCGCCAACAUCGACGUUUCACGCAUUCCUAACUUUCAUCCAACUUUCCCUCCCAACAUUUUUAGUGAUGCUUCUGAGACUGUUCGUCAGCAAGCUGAACAGGCCCAACAUAGCUUGCUUCGCUCGCGUGACACAGUGAAAGCCAUCUUUGAUCUCGUCCUUAAAACCCCCGGAACAUGGAGCCUUCCGGACAGCCAAAGAUUUGUCAAAACAGUUCUUCAACACGAUCUCCCUAUAUUCCUGUGCUCUGCGUUUGCUAUCCCUCAACCAUGGACCACCGUUCAAAUCAACUUCGUCAUGCGAUCUUUCUCUAUUUUCGUCGCCAAGCGCCAAGAUGGUUACCAAUUUGCGCUACAUGGUGUUUGGAAGCUCAAUCGAGAGUGGGUGGUAGAACAACUCUUUCAUGGAUUUACUCAGGACCCUUCGUGUACUGAACGUAUCUACGAGCAUGCUGUGGAACAUGGCUGGCUAGACUACAUUUUGGAAUUCACCAACGGUCUAGCUAUGGACCUAGCAUCAUUAGCACACCGAAAGGAUGACUAUGAUCUCGAACAGUGGGUCAAGAGAGCUGCUCAAAAAGCCCCUAUCGAUAUGGGGAGCCUGUUGUCGAAAUUCUUGAAAAUCAAGGCCGAUGAUGAACUACGUGUCCAAAGGAAAGAACAGCCAGCACCCCAAAUGGUUAGCCUGUCGGUUAAAACAGUCUAUGCGCUUCUGCAGAUUCUUGAGGACUACAUCGUGGAUCAUGAAACCUUGACGCCAAUCCAACGCAUCUGUCUUCAAACUUACCCACGGUUGAUAAAUUAUGGAGAAGGAUUCGAUGAUAUUAUCGAGGCUAAUGGAAACCAUGGCAAUGCAAUUCCAGAAGAAAUCGAUAAGCAGAUGCAAGAAUUAUUUGGCAAGAUGUAUCACGAAGAACUUUCUCUGCGCGAGAUCCUCGAAUUGAUGCGACGGUACAAAACGUCGCGCGACCCAGCAGAGCAGGAUUUAUUUACUUGCAUGGUUCAUGGCCUUGUGGAUGAAUAUAACUGUUACCACACAUAUCCACUGGAGGCAUUAACCAAAACAGCUGUCAUGUUCGGUGGAAUUAUUAAUUUCAAGCUAAUUUCCGGUAUCCCACUCAAAGUUGGCCUUGGAAUGAUACUCGAUGCGGUGCGGGAACACGAACCUCAUCAACCGAUGUACAAGUUUGGCGUUGAAGCUAUCGAACAAUUGAUAAACCGCCUUCCAGAGUGGGCUGGAUUUUGCAACCUUCUUUUGCAAAUUCCCUCUCUCCAGGGAACUACAAUCUACCGUAAAGCCGAAGAAGUACUCCGAGAUCAGGGCCACCAUCCAGUAAAUGAAGACGGCGGAGCUGAGUUGAAUGGAUUACCCGAUGGCUUGGCUAUGACUAAUGGCAAUAUUGAUGACCUCCUAGCCACUGAUACCACUCAACGCAAAUUUUCUUCACUACACGUCGACCCUCCACUUCGCCCGGAGAUUUAUCGUGACCCAGAUGAAGAAGUUCACGACAAAAUACUCUUCAUUUUAAAUAAUGUUUCCGAACAAAAUAUUAAUGUGAAGCUAAAAGAUUUAAAAGAUGUUUUACAGGAAGAACAUUACCAGUGGUUCGCCUCAUAUCUUGUGGAAGAACGAGCAAAAUUGCAACCGAAUUUUCAGCAGCUUUAUCUCGACCUUUUAGAACUUAUCAGCGACAAGACACUUUGGAUGGAAGUUCUCAGAGAAACUUAUGUUAGCGCCAUACGUUUACUGAAUGCAGACUCUACCCUGAACUCAGCGACUGAGCGCACGCAUUUGAAAAAUUUGGGUGGAUGGCUUGGUUCUCUAACCAUAGCCAAAGAUAAACCGAUAAAACAUAGGAACAUCUACUUCAAGGAACUUCUUAUCGAAGCAUUCGAUAGCCAACGCCUCAUGGUUGUCAUACCUUUCACAUGCAAAGUACUAGUGCAAGCCAUGAAAUCCACGAUUUUCAAACCCCCCAAUCCUUGGCUAAUGGAUAUCCUUGCUCUUUUGAUGGAGAUAUACCAUUUCGCGGAACUGAAAAUGAUUCUCAAAUUCGAAAUCGAGGUUCUUUGUGGAGAUCUGCAACUUGAUUAUAAGGCUAUAGAGCCCUCGACUUGUAUCAGGGAGCGGCCAGCACAGCUGGAAGAUGGUAUCUCGUCAGCAAAUAUUCCUGAAGGUCUGGAGGCGUUUGAGGAUAUGUCACUCAGCAACAUGAACCGCGUUAUUCGGAAUGAGAGAAUAUCCUCGACCUCGAUCAUUUCCAGUCUCCCUAAUUUAGAUCAAAUCUUGGUGUUUCCCCCAUCCGCUAGUACCAUGGCUGAUCCCGGCGUCCUGAGGCAAAUCGUUCAUAGUGCAGUAGAGCGAGCUAUUGCCGAAAUCAUCACUCCCGUUGUCGAACGUUCUAUUACAAUUGCAUCGAUCUCAACGGCCCAGCUGAUUCUGAAAGACUUCGCGAUGGAACCUGAUGAGGAAAAGGUUCGCCAAGCGGCCGGGACUAUGGUUCGUGCGCUGGCAGGUAGUUUGGCGCUUGUUACGUGCAAGGAACCCCUAAAGAUGAGCAUGACAAACUAUAUUCGAAUGAUUCAGCAAGAAUUCUCCGAUCAGCCUAUGCCUGAAGGCCUCAUCCUCAUGUGCGUCAAUGAUAACUUGGAUGCGGCUUGCGGUAUCGUUGAAAAAGCAGCAGAAGAGAAAUCUCUCCCUGAGAUAGAAAAAGUCAUUGAGUCACAACUUGAAGCCCGUCGUCGCCACCGUGCAACGCGUCCUAACGAACCGUUUAUCGAUCCUUCUAUUAGUCGAUGGGGAUUUUUCAUCCCAGAACCGUUUAGGCAGGUUCCUGGCGGCCUAAACAAAGAACAGCUGGCCAUAUAUGAGAAUUUUGCGCGCCAAUCCCGGGGAGCCGGUCAUAGCCACAUUCAAAAUGCAUCGACUGACUCCGGGAAACAAAUUCCUGACGUUCUCCAAGAGCCUUUCCCGGCUAUUCCUAAUCUAUCCACUCCGGCUGAACAGCCAGCUGUUCCACACCACGUGGCACAAACGCAGCAGGAAUCCAGCCUGCAACAACCCGCCAUCGCUGCUGCUCAAGGCCAGAUGAACGGUUUCCUUGACAAUGCUAACCCUCGCGAGAAAGUAGAAGCUCUUGUUUCUCAGCUGCAGCUCUCGGCUCGAAAUGCUUCAGAAGAGCGUUUAAAGGACCUUGGACGGGAUAACGCCAUCCUUCAGGACUAUAAUCAGGUUUUCCGCACGAUCCUGACCGCACCGAACGGCGAAGAUUUGGCGCGAUUGGUGGCUCUCAAGAUAUGCACUACGUUGUAUUCUCGCACUGAGAGCCGUUUGGAAAUCGAACUUCUUGUACACAUACUGGCUAAGAUCUGUGAACUAUCUUCCCUUGUUGCUAGGUAUACCUGGGCUGUACUUGCCGAUGUGGAUGAUGAACACAUGUUCAAUGUGCCAGUCACUGUCGCCCUUAUUGAUGCAGGGCUUUUGGAUCUUCAACGUGUUGAUAUGAUCCUCGCAAAACUCAUCCAGGAGAAGAAUGUUCCUGCCCUGGAAGUGCUCUCCAACCUUAUCGACCAAGUCCUUCUGAACGAUGAACCUUCCGCUCUGCGAUCGGACUUUUCAGGCAGUCUAGAUGCGAUGAAUAAAUGGGUUGUCGAGAACCCAGAUCUCAGUGUUGCUAAGGAUAUUAUCCGGAAGCUUCGUGAAUCGGGCAUACCAGAAACUGCCAACGCACUUCUUACGGACCAGGCCCGUUCAAAGCGUGACCAGAUGGAAUACAUUUUCAGUGAAUGGAUUGGCGUGUAUAAAUUUGCCUGUUCUAACGACAGGACUUACAGCACAUUCCUGAAAGAUAUACACCAAAGACAGGUCAUGAACAAUCAGGAGGAUUCGGCUCUAUUCUUUAGGCUCAGCAUCGAUAUCUCUGUAGCCAUGUUCGAACAUGAGUGUCAGAAUCCAAAUGGGAAUGUUGAUGAAGCGUUCUUAUAUAUUGAUGCGCUCGCGAAAUUGGUGAUCUUGCUGGUUAAGUUUCAGGGCGAGAGCACUGGAGCCGUCAAGGCAAGCAAGCCAGUCUACUUAAACUCCAUCCUUUCGCUUCUAGUUCUUGUCUUGAACCACCAUCAAGUGAUGAGGGGCGACAGUUUCAACCAACGGGUAUUUUUUAGACUUUUCUCAAGCAUCCUUUGUGAAUAUUCCAUGUGUGGCUUGGAGAAGGCGGACCAGCAUAAAGAAAUGAUGUCCGUUUUUGCCGACAAAUUCCUGUCCAUGCAACCCAAACACGCGCCCGGGUUUGUCUAUGCAUGGCUGGCAUUGAUAUCCCAUCGUGUCUUCGUAUCUGGAAUGCUUAACCUGCCAGAUCAAUCGGGGUGGGAAUCGUAUAGUGAAAUUAUGCAAGUUUUGCUUCCAUACAUCGGCGACCAGCUAAAGCCAGCCAAUGUUUCAUUUGUUGCAAAGGAUCUAUACAAAGGCGUUCUUCGCAUUUUCCUUCUGCUCCACCAUGAUUUUCCCGAGUUCGUAGCGGAGAACCACUACCAGUUUUGCAAUGUCAUCCCGUCGCACUGCGCACAAUUACGAAAUCUUGUCUUGAGUGCAUACCCAUCGACGUUCCAGAAACUACCCGAUCCAUUCAGAGAUGGUUUAAAAAUUGAACGGAUAGAUGAAAUCCGCAAGGCUCCCAAAGUUGCUGGUGAUGUUGUUGCUUCUAUUCGACGUGCGAAUUUGACCGAUGUAGUUGAUAACGCAUUCCGAUCGACUGUAACUGACAGCGCGGUUCAGCAAAUUUGCGAUGCUGUAUCAAACCCCCCUGUCAAUAAGACCGGGUAUUUUUACACUCCGAUAAACGUGGAUGUUACCCUAUUGAAUGCGCUCGUCAUGUAUAUUGGGCAAAACGCAGUUACAUCUAGUCAAAAGGGUAGUGCAUCCGCAAUGUUCAGCAACUGCCCACAUACUACUCUUCUCGAGAAGCUUUCCAGGGCCUUUCAACCCGAAGCUCGAUACUACUUUUUUAGUGCUAUUGCCAAUCAGCUGCGGUAUCCCAACAGCCAUACGCAUUACUUCAGCUUUGUCAUCCUCCAUCUUUUCGGGUCUGAGCAGCCCGAUCAAGACUCGGAUAUUCGCGAGCAGAUCAUUCGGGCUCUCCUUGAGCGGCUGGUCGUUCAUCGACCCCAUCCCUGGGGCUUGAUAAUCACGGUGCAGGAGUUACUUCAGAAUGGCAAUUAUGCUUUCUUCCGCUUGCCAUUUAUUCAAUCGACGCCUGAGAUUAGCAAUCUUUUCAACGUGCUGCUUCAGCACAUCCAACAUCAAAGCCCGAGGGCGGCGCUGACUUAA